AUGGCAAAGAGCCAUUUUCUUGAGGGACCUGUGAGUGAGAUCGAUUCUGAAAAUAGCUUUUCUCAAAUAGCUCCUCCUGUCUUUGAUUGUGAAAAUUAUCAUCUGUGGGCGGUAAGAAUUGAGACUUAUCUUGAGGCUUUAGAUCUUUGGGAAGUCGUGGAAGAGGAUUAUGAUGUGCUUCUGCUGCCAAAUAAUCCCUCCCUGGCCCAGAUCAAAAGCCAAAAAGAAAAGAAAAUCAAAAAAUCAAAUGCAAAAGCAACUUUGUUUGCUGGUGUCUCUACAGCAAUUUUCACAAGAGUUAUGGCUCUCAAAACAGCAAAAGAAAUUUGGGAUUAUCUGAAGGAAGAAUACACAGGAAAUGAAAGAAUACGAGGCAUGAAGGUGCUGAAUUUAAUAAGGGAAUUCGAAUUGCAAAAGAUAAAGGAAUCGGAGACCGUCAAAGAGUACUUAGACCGGCUUCUUGGCAUUGUUAACAAGGUAAGGUUGCUUGGCACUAAGUUUAAAGAUUCAAGAAUCGUUGAAAAAACUCUUGUUACGGUGCUUGAAAGAUACGAAGUAUCCAUAACUACCUUGAAAAACACAAAAGAUCUUUCCGAGAUUACUUUGGCAGAAUUGCUAAAUACAUUGAAGGCACAAGAGCAAAGGAGGCUUAUGAGGCAAGAUGAUAUGGCUGAAGGAGCCUUGAUAGCCAACCACAAGACUCAAAGCAAGGGUGAUAAUUCAAAGAAAAAUUACCCACCUUGCCAGCAUUGUGAGAGAAAAGGUCAUCCUCCAUUUAAAUGUUGGAAGAGGCCAGAUGCACCUUUGAUUUGCAAAAACAAAUGUCCAAAUUAUGAAGCAGAUGCACAAGUCGCCAAUGAAGAAGACGAAGACCACUUGUUUAUGACAACAUAUUUUUCAACAAAGAAAUCUGAUUUUUGGAUGAUUGACAGUGGUUGUACAAACCACAUGACAUAUGACAGAAAUAUUUUUAAAGAGUUUAUGUCAAUGAAAAACAAAAAAGUCAGAAUCAGAAAUGGUGACUAUAUUCCUACAAAAGGAAAAGGGACUAUUGCAAUCAAAAUAGGUUUAGGUACACAAAUAACUUCAAAUGUUCUUUACGUGCCUGAUAUUUAUCAAAAUCUAUUAAGUGUUAGCCAUCGAGUGGAAAAAGGAUUUAAAUUGUUAUUCGAUAACAAGUACUGUCGAAUCUUUGAUGCCACUAAGCAAGAGAUUUUAUGA